AUGAUAAUGCUGCCGUCGCUCGAGGACGGCUGGACAUCGGUAGAGUGGUCACCUGUCACGUGGGUGGUCACGGCGGCCGCUAAGGCGACUGUCCCGCGUACAUCAACUGACACUACCAACACCUCCCCCGACUCCAGGGAUGAGGAUCAGGACUACACCUGCCCUCACUGCGACCGUACCUUCAUCUCACACAUCAGCCUGGUCGGUCACUUGCGAAUCCAUCGCACAGAGACUGGCGAACCAGUGCGUGAAGCACCAACCUACACCCACCGCCCUCGCCUCCACUGCCCACACUGCCCUCGCACCUUAAGGCAUCGCAUGGGCCUUUUUGGCCACAUGCGCAUCCACGAUAGCGGCCUUGACCGCACUCCCGACACACCCACCACAUCCAACACAUUCACUGUGCACACCCCCACCCUCGUUCCAUCCGUCCGCGCCACCACCACCACCACCACCACCACCACCACCACCACCACCACCGCCUCCUCUGUAGCUAACACUGACACCGCCGACUUCUCAUGCCCACACUGUCCACGUACAUUCACUCACGCAUCGGCCUGGUCGGUCACUUGCGAAUCUAUCGCACAGAGACUGGCGAACCAGUGCCUGGAGCACUCGUCUCAACUGCCCACACUGCCCUCGCACUUUCAGGCAUCGCAUGGGCCUAUUCGGCCACAUGCGCAUCCACGACGACCUGCGGUGGACAACCGCCGGCCACACCACACAUUCACUCACUCCCUUCCUCCUCCACCACCACCAUCACCCCACCAGAAAUCAACACUCACACACCUCAUGCACCCAACUGCCACCUCCCACGCAAGUGGGAAGUCCGCAUCUCGACUCGGUCCCCAUGCGGCUUCGGCUGCACGGGUGACUUGA